AUGGAUCUGUGUGAUCCUGUUAGCAUUAUAUUAGUGACAGCCGGUAGUAGAGGACAGAGUCUAUUAUUUCGUUAUCCAUAUUUACUGCCUUCCCGGACUGAGAGGAGAGAAAAAGGUCAGCUUAAUUCUAGUAGCUUAGACUAUCUGCACAGUAUGAAAUGGCCAUGUUGCAGGCGCAUAAAAGCAGGCCUGAACAAAAUUUAGCGUGUACAGAGCCAUUUAAAUUUUACAAGGAAAGAGCUUUUAAGGAAAAAAAAUCGAGUACGUGCAUUUGUCUCAUUCUCCAGCUUUAGACUGUGUCACCAUUGUAAGUUCUCAAAGUUCUUGGACUGUGCGCGCGAAACUAACCUUCAGUGCAUCAAUUGCCUUGCAGAAAUCCCUAAGAAUCGUUUCGCCUUGGGCAAAGUCGAAGAGAGUACGGACGUAAGGUACGCAUUGCCUAUUUAAGCACAAGUCAAAGUAAGCCCACCUCCAUUCUUGGGAUGGACUUGGGAGACUGGGGUUUACAUUGUCUGGUGCAAUAAGCACUUUAAUAUUCUUUGGCCUGGAAAUAAAGACGAGGAUUCUAGUUGUCACUUCUAGUUGCUCUUAAUUACAUGGGGAAUUGAACACAGAGUCUUGGGAAUCCUGGAAAGUCCUGGAAAUCUGCCUUACUCAAGCAAUAAAGUUUUCAAAAUGUAUAUUAAAUUAAAUGAUUGUAAGUCAGUGGGAAGAAUUGAUUUUGAAAUCUUGGGAGUGAAAGGGUGUAAGGUGAAAUUUGGAGUCCUGGAAAACCAAUCUGAGUCUUAGAAAAGUCCUGAAAAAGUACAUGAAAAUUUCUUUCUUAAAAAGGGUACGAACCCUGUGAACACCAUUUAGGAGGGUGGAUAAGAUUUAAAUAGCAUUCUCUUAAUUUUUUGUUUUCUUCAUAAUGGUAAAUUUUCAAAGUUCUUUUGAUUUUAUGGUUAUGAAAUUGGCAUGGGUAUGCAAGAUCCCCAAUAAGUAGAGCAAAUGUUAAAUUAUCAUUACCACACCUGACUGUGCUAAGAUGUUUCUAAGGUUUGGUAAACUACCCAAAAACUGCCUAGGAAUUUUUUGUCUCUUGGAAUUUUAUCAUCUUAUGCAUUGCCUACAUUUCAGAAAUUUUUCCGGAAUCAAAGAUGGUUAUCUCAUUGGGUGAGUUCAAUCAAUAAUCUAACUGGCAGGAGCUCUUCUUGUAGGUUUGGCUAAAUCUCUAUGUUAUAGUGCCCCAUUUCUAAAGUGGUUGGUUUUUUUUCUCUGACUCAUCACUCAUCAGUGUGACAGACUCAACUCAAUCUUGUUAGUCUUUCAAAACAGAAAUUUAUGUUUUGAAGAAACUUACCAUAUUUUGAUCUUUAACUUUAAAAUUUUUGCUUGGCAUUGUUUCUUUGCAGAUUUUCUGACAGCACACUGGCAAAUAUUUUGUCACCAAAAUCUAAUGCAUGUGGUAAGAAAUUUGAGCUGAAGAUUGAUGAAGUGUUAUUUGUGGGCCAUCCAACACUUGCUUAUGAAAGACAAGACAGAGAAUUCAAGGUAUCUGCCUAUUACAUUAUUAAUAUCAAUAACUAAUAAGAACUAGUGGUUCAAAGCCAGAGUCUGAUUUGUCAAUCAAAAUUAGGCUAACAGACCAAACUCAAAGUAAAGUCAAAAUUCUUUCACUAAAUCAAACUGUGACAAAAUCAAAGAGACAAACACCCAUUCAUAAAAUGCAUACAUAAAUUACAAUAAAACAGUUGCAAAAGGGGUUAUCAAAAAGAUUUGAGUAAUGGGAAUGUGACACAUGCUUCCCUGCUGAAAAUUGAGCCUCAAGUUUGCCAAAUAGCUCAGGCCCCCCUUUCUUAGAGUAGACAGUGAAAUGUGCUGGUUUCCAGCUUAUUUUGACAACCAUGCAGCUGCUGUUCUUUCAUGUGAAAGUGAACCCAAAAAAAAGUCACUUCUGUAACAAUGUCUACACUGUCCUAAAAGUGUUCAAAGUGAGUGGUUGAUAACCAAUCAUGUUUAGGAAUGUCCUUAUUGUAUUUAGAACAAACACAAGCAUUUUUAUUCAGGGACAAGGUAAUUGAAAUUUAGCCAUUUUGGGUUAAUUGAAAGUCAUUUUGUGUAGCCCUGAAAAGUGGAAACACAUGUGAAAGCUGUUAUCAACAACAAAUCACUUCUGAUCAGUGGAUCUAAGUAUUUAUUGUUAAUCUUUAAGUUUUUUUGUCAAUUUUAUUUUAUAGAGAAGUGAUACCUCAUCUAGGAAGGAUGAUGUCAUGAUGAAACUGUUCAAUGUUGUCUUUGUACUCCAGGUGCAGAUUAUUUUAUUAACAUUUACAUGUUUUUUACUACUUGCUAUUAUGAGUUAUAUAGAAUUUCUUUCAAACAAAGCAUCAGAACUAAUAAUCACUCCCAACUCCUAUUGAAAGCACUAGGAGUUUCUUGUUUCUGAGUUAACAGGCUUAAAACAUGUCUUCAUAGUUUUUAUCAGCAUGCAAAAUAAACUAUCCUAAAGAUUGUUCAUAGUGUGACCUCAGCUUACUUAAAAGUUGUGAGUGGAAUUACAGCAUCUCUAAGUGACACCAUCUCUAUUAUUUUUCCAUUACUCUCCCUGAAUGGUUAUUAAAGAAAACAGCAUUAACUGUGUAUCAUUUCUCUUAUCAAUUUUUUUAGGCAAGUGUAGAACCUUCUGUUGUUCACUGUUACCAUGACUUAUCCAAGAGAAUAGCAAUUGCCCUAAGGCAUGAAGAGAUAAGGUAAAUUGAAGUCACAAACUAAGACAGAUAUAGGACAUAAAUUAUGUGUGAUGCCAGAUUUGGUGAAACUGCUCUAAUUUGUUUGCACAAAGACGUGAAUCAUGGAUUAUGUGUUAGAUGUCAUUUCGUUGCCUUGUGAAUUAAUGAAUGAGUGGUACUGUAUGACAUAGUGAACAGUUGAUUGUAUAGGUUAGCAGUGCUCCCAAUCAAGAGGAUAAGGAACUUUGUUUCUUUUUUGUUUGGAAUAAAAAUGGGAAUAAAAAUGGGUACUAAGUAACACAGGGUUACCUGAAAAAGACAUUAAGCAAAACUUCUUCUUGAUUCAUGCAAUGAAAACCAGUCCAGCCAUGAGAGUAACAUGAGAUCUACAUCUCCUACAGUUAUCAGUCUUAAUAAUAUAUAAUGAAAAAGUUAUGGGUGUCUGAUUGGCUAAAAAAGAGUGCAUUUUUCAUGUAACAUGAGUGCUAAGUUGUAACACAAGUGCAAAUUACAAAUAGUCUACACCCUGAAAGCAUUUUGUUGCUCUUGACCUUCUGUGAUGCAUUUUUCAUGUGAAUUAUUAACAAUUAACAAUAUGAUUUCUCAUGCAAUUUGGUGUAAAUAAGCACUGGUAAAUUUUUCAAAGACAACAAAACUGUACAAUCCAGUAAGGUGAGUGCAAUUUAGUUGUUGUAUUAACACCAAAUUGCAUUAGUAAUCAUGUCAUUACCCAAACUUAUGAUAUACAAAACUUUGUUUCUUGCUCUUGUUUCUAGAUGUAGAUAUUUGAGCUCUGAAAGGGAAAUUAUACUUUCUGUUCAUGAUGAAAUGUCAGCCAUGCCUGAAGGUAUGACUUAGAUAAAUUCAGUUUUCUAGUUUGGAUAUGCAUGUGUUUUCUUUGAAAAGGGUUUGUGUUUUAAUGGGUUCCCCUUUUCCCUCCCUAUUCACCCUGUUGUAUCCCUGGGUAUGGACAUUUGUAACCUGCAGGAUAAGUGUAAUUUGUUUUGCUUCAUUUUGAGAGGAAGGGAAGUAGGGGUGAGGCAAGUGCAAAGGGUAAGUCACACGUGAGAUGAGCCAGGCUCCAUUCCUUCCCUCCUCACCUGUGCUAAAAAAUACCUAAAGUUAUCUACAAGCUUUGACUUUUACCAGUGUAUCAGUGUAACAUCCCAGAGUAUGUUGACCAAAUAUAACUAGAUAACAACUCUGAAGAACACUGUGCUAAAUUAAAAUAUAAUUAUCAGCCAGAAGUACACAAUAAACAGAGGAUUAAACCAAUUUUUCAGUUCUUAUUACAAGACCAUUUUCAAAUGGAACUUACACCUUCCUAGCUAGCUCUCCUUAAAUAAAACAAAUGUAGCUUAAUGCUCUCCUACACUGUAUCUCUGUUACAUGCACAUAUAAAUACUUUGUCAGGUUCAUUCAAUGUGUGUUAGGGACUCAACAACUAUUAUUUAAACCCAGCUAAACUUACCUCUAAAAAAACAGACUGCGCAGAAUCACCAUUUAAACACAUCCUUCCCAAGAGCAAGCUGGCAAGGGACUUAAAAGAUGUUUUUAAGAGGUUUGUCUACUUGCCAUGUUUUUGUAUGACAGAUUAAUAGUCCAUUUUACAGUUGUGUGCUUGGUUGCCAAGCCUUUGAACAGGAGUGAGGCUGAGGGUGACCUUGUUAUGAUACAAACCUUGCUGCUUUUGAAAUGCAAAUUAAUUUGUUAUCAUGCUAACUAGAUUCUGGUCUCUAACACAACAAGGUCACCUUCAGCCUCACUCCAAAUCAAAGGCUUUGCAACUAAGUACACAACUGUAAAAUGGCCUAUUGCAAAAAAUGAUUUCUUUAGGGUGUACCACUUAACAAUGAUCUGCCAUAGAAAGAGAUCAAAAACAUUUUUUGAAAAGUCAUAAAUUGCCCUGUUGGGCUUGUUGUUUUGUAUUCAUUUUGGUUAUUAACCUUCUUAGUUCUUAUUAUCCCUUAAACCCCUAAGAGUGACUGGCAUGUAAUUUCUCCUCACCAUAUCACCCCUGAAUCAAACUUUAAGGUCAGGAGAAUUAAGGAACUGAAUCACCAACUAAAGAAGCUCAUGAUUGUUAGACAAAUUCUCCUUGUCAACACCUUAAAAAAUGUUUAGAGAACAGUAUGGAGAUUACGCAUACUGAUGUUUGGGUGUAAAGAGUUGAGUAAGAGGACAGAGUAAUGACACUGUUUUUGUAUUCUUUAAGCAGGGCGUGAAAUUGCGCCUAAUACAGGCGCCAAUGCGACUAAAUUUUUCACUUUGGCGACCAAAUCCUGAAAAUUAGUCGCCAAAUUGGCGACUAGAAUGUUUCAUCAUAACCUUACCUAGAGAUAUAGUGAAUUAAAAAGAUUUGCAAAGACAAAUCCGCGGCAAACUUCCUUGUUAAGUUUGUUUCCAAAACGCAGCAAAUGCAUCUCGAUCGAUAACUAGACGCCAUCUUGGAUUUAGGUGAGCUUAAACGUUGCAUAUCAUCCAUCCUAGUGUCCCCUUUGUAGCACGUUAAAGAUCUUUUCCCUUACUUAAUUUCUAGAACGAUGACAGCGUAAAAAAAGGUUUUGUUUGUCUUUCAAAAUGGCGACCAACUUUUUUUGAAUUGGCUACCACUUUGAUGAAUUUAGGAGCCAAGUGGCUAUUAGAAAAAAAAAUUAAUUUCACGCCCUGUUAAGCCCUUCUUUUCUUGUCUUUUGACUUCAGUUUAUGUGCAUCUGGAAUUGUAAGACUGAAGAUCAAUGGCUGGGUGAAUGUUAGCUUUUGCCUUCCUCACAAAGUCCACUAUUUGAACCAGGGAACCAUUCACAUCAAGGUAUGGAACACCUUCAGAAGGUAAUGGGUUUGGUAAUGGGAUUUUUAAUGGUUAUGUAAUUUGGAGCAAUGUUGACUUUGCUUGUAAUGGUAUCUUUGUUUAGUAUGUUUGCUUGUUUGAUCAAGUUAGAAUUGUCUAAUGAAAUGCUAUUCUAUUCUGCUGACCAUUGUCGCAAAGAUAAAUGAGACAGCCUUAAGAUGUUAUCGUUCUUAUACAACCCUCUAUUUGUCCUUUUUUUUUUCUUUUUUUCAGCCUGAAGCUAUACACAAAUCCCUUGCUGUCAUCAGGUGUGAUAAACAUUUUUCACGAUAAAUAACAGGAUUGAAAGUUUUGUUUUGUAUGUUUGUUUGCUUAUUUGUUUGGUUUUUUAGGAGAGACCUCCACUCGGAUUUCAGGACUAUUACAACUACCUCUAGGUUUCAAUUUUUUGCAAAUUACAAGAAAAUCACUUGCCUGGGCGUUGUCAUUCGGAAUGUUGUCGACAAUCCAUUAUAUGCUUCUUCUAUGACUGUGGGAGUGGUAAAGACAUGUUAUGGAAAUGACGGUAUCUUGUUAGACGAGAACGUAGAACUAGAUCUACUUUCCAAUGAUUCAUGUCGGCUUUUUUUCCUUCUCUUAUAUAGGCCAUAUCACACGCUGCUUUUUCUUGUGGACGAGAGGUAUCUAUUGGCCUCCCUCGCAGGGGACUGUUCCCCAGCCAUCACACGACUGGUGAAAAUGGCCAGUCCACUGAAAAGGUACAGCCUGGGAUGCCACAUGUUAUUUAAUAACUUACAUUGAUUUAGCCUCCUCACUUUGAAAUAAGUGUUACAUGUAUCUUGGAAGCAAACAGAGUUAAAAAAGUCUAUUUUUGCAACUUCCAUGGUAUAAGCAGCUUCAUCCCCUCCCCCCUGCUCCACCAAGUUGCUUAUCCCUCUCCUACCCCCCUUUUUUUAUUUUCGAUCCUACUUUCAUCAACUGAACUCACUGCAGUAGUACGCUGUCUCCCCACAUACUUUUACUACGUGCGGCUGUACAAGAUUGGAAUUGAAUGAAAUUGGAAAGCCUGAAGAUCACUGCCGAGUGACUUCUGACUGUAAAGCAAACGAGUAACUCUGGUAAUUAUUGCUUCCACAGCUUCCAAACGUUAUCACAAGACACAGAUAUUCCAUUAUCUCAGGUCGGUAUUCUGAUCGCUUCAGUUGAUACUUAAGUUUUCAUCUUGAUACCAGCGUAAUGUUUAUUUUCUUUUCCGUAUUACAAGGUGUUCGCUAUAGCAGCUCAUCUGGUUUACUGGGGAAUGGCAACUAUCAUCUACCCGCUCUGUGAGAGUAACGUGUAUGUCGUUGCACCAAAUUCCUCCACAAGCGUGUAAGUGAACUGUUUGGCUCCGUAUUUUGUUACUGCGGUCGAUCAGCCAACCGCUGACGCUGACGAUGCGUUUGUUCGCUCACUUGCAUUCACGUCCUUGUCUCUUUCUUGAACAUCACCGGUUAAGCAUUUUUUUUCUCCAGAUCGUCGCCGCUUGUGGAAGAAUUCACCUCACGUUUUCCAGGGAAGUCUUUUCACAAUGUGCUUUCGGAGUUUUCUUUACCCGCUCCUCUGAGCCAACACAAUAAUCCACUAGGCCUGCCACAGCAAAAGGUACAGCUACCAGAAUAUUUGUUUUAUCUGUGGGGCGUGGCGGUGAGCACCGCUAAAUCUCAAAACUUGCCACUGCAUGUAGCCCUCAAUGAACUUUUUGUAGUUCUAUUGUAAUUUUUGUCGUGGAAAAUUGUCUUGAUAUCAGCUCGCACUGAAGUCUCGUUCUCCGUCAAGCUUGCAUAGUGGUAAUGGAAAACUUAAGGAUCAACAGUUUUUUUCGUAACUGCUUUCCCUUUGUCAUUUUCUCUCCAGCGUUUGGUAUCGUAAUUUUGCUCGAUGAAAGCUUCGUUAAGUCAAGUCUCCCUGGAAUUUGAUUUCUUAUCCUGCCUUACAUAUUAAACACGGGGCAGGGUUUAUCAUGUCAGGCUGAGGUAGUUUUAUUCCUUGCUAAAUAUUUCAGGCAGAACCUGCCCAAAUGGUUGUGUGGAUGUUACAACGAAGGCUCUUAAUACAGGUAUUAAUUUCGUGGCUAAUAUAAAAUUAAAUAACACAGGUAGGGCUAUCCAAGUAUUUGGGAGCCAUUUUGAUUUGAGUGUUGAAAACGGUUUGCGAUCACAUUGGUUUUGUUUUACUGCGCACAGUGAUUGGUGCCGAAAAGUCGCGUUAACCUGCUUCUCAACCAAUCAGAUGUGUUUUCCCGCGCUUGAGGUCCCUCUGCCUGCUUCUUCUGAUUGGCCAAUAAGACUGAUUACUUUGGUUUUCACUUUACGAUGUCCAGCCCAAAAGUGCUCUAGUUUUCAUGAUAAAAUCAUCUAACCCUGACAGUAUUAAAGUUUCACAUUUUUUGCAUUACUUGAAAAUGCCUCAAGAUGUAAAAAAUACAUUUUCGUCGAGUUCUCGAGCCCGUUCCAUCGUAACAAAGCCUAUGAGUUUUCCCAUAGUUUGUUAAGAAAAAAAUAAAGGCGAAGUCGGUUUGCAUUAGCGGUUUUACGCGUCUCUUCCUAAUUUUAAACAAUGCAAGAUGAAUAGUCGAGGCCAAUGCGAUUCAACAUACAUAACAGUGGCAAAUCCACAAGUUUCGGUUCACUGAAUUACCGUAAGGCAGGAAGUCGAAGCUGGUUAAAGGCAUUUUACCUAUCAAUUUCAUUUUUUGUACGAUGGUUGCGUAUUGUGGUAGUUAUUAGGAAAUCAUACAGAUGUUGGAACUCUGACAUUUCUUAAUUUGGAGGAACAACUUGCGAUCACUUCACAACUUCAUUGGUCCAUAGUACGUAAAAACUUGUCUAGAUGUAUAAAUUCAAGAGUACUCCUCUCAUGAACUCUUGCAAAUGGUGAACAAAUUUUGCGUCUCAUAAAAUCGUUCUAUUGAGAGCUUUAGGACCAAAUACGAUUUUUAUUUUGAAUAUGAACCCUGUUUCAGAGAAGAUCUUCAUCUUUAUUUUUUACAGUUGCACGCCUAUGUGUUCCUAGUACCGAACGUCCAAUCUGAGAAGAGGUCCAGCGGCCAAAGUGGAGGCCUGGGUCUAGGGGGACGAAGGGUUCAUCGGAUAUUUGGAAACAAUAUCCCAGAUGGUCCAUCGUCUUUUGACGCUGACCAGCAGGAGCCCGCUGAAAAUGAAGGGCAUUCAGAGUUAGGAGGUGAACUGAAGGGUCUGUCGCGCUCAGAGAGGAAAAGCGUGCUUCAAGUUGCUGCGGCACGUGACCCGGAUGACUUAAAGCUAUUUACCAGGUGAGUCUUGAAUAAUGUUCAACGCUCCGCAUAAGGUGCAGUCAGCGCAAACUGCGCUAACCAUGGAAAAGGAUUUAUUUUUAAGGCGAGGAACUAAGGAGAGGCCACAGAAUGACGUUUAAGAUAGGGUCUCUCGCGCUUUGAAGAAAGGAAGAUUUCAGCGCGAUUCUUCAGCGUUUAACGUCAAGGGCGGAAAUUGAUUCUCAUCACCCCCGGGUAAGGAGUGAAAUCUGACCAAUCAUUAAAAGAAUAAGUAAGCUGUUUGUGAGGAGGGUAUAAGUUUCUAAAGAAAUAGUGGUACUGCGUCAUGGGAAGUAUAAGAUGUUAAUUUGGUUUUACCGGCUGAGUUGAUCAUGUAAUUUGGCUGCCGUAAAGAGUUUUUAAAGCUGACGUUUCGAGCGAUAGCCCUUCGUCAGAGCGAUGAGCUAAUGCUGACGAAGGGCCAACGCUCCAAACGUCAGUUUUAGAGAUAACACCAAAUUAUCCUAUUUGGGAGAAGAACAAGUGGUAAUUUCAUCAACUAUCGCCCUGCAGACACUUACUUUACAUGGCAGCCAUAAUACUACUUGAUGACAGAGCGUUACAUCAGAAAUGAUCGUGUUGAAUGGCACCCACCAUUGCUAAUUUCUGCUCUUACUAAAAACCCAUGGGGUGUCCGUCAAGAAUGUCAAGCAAUUUUACAAAAAGUGUGAAACGUUCGCUGACUUUUUGCUUUUAUCCUUUUAUCUUUUAAAACAGACUGAUUCCCUACUUUCGGGGAAACCAUCACCUGGAAGAAGUAAUGUAUUACGAGAAUUUGACAAGAUCUCAGCUAUUAACACUGAUCGAUAAGUUCAGAGAUGUCUUGUUUUUGUGUCAGCAUGAAGACCCAGUCACCCUCUACUUCUACAAUAGAUAACACGUCACACUGAAACAACCCUUGAACUCUCAGGAUCUGAUUAAUUCUCCCCUCUGCUCUACACAUUUCUUUUUAAAUAAGUCACAGGAAUUUGGUGUUAGAUCAGGACCACCGCCCUCUACCUGAUAAGUUUGAAUAUUCUCAAUAAAUGUUGGCUGAAUAAUGUAUGGAUAACAUAGAGAGAAGUUGCAUGUUAAUCACUGCUGGGAGUUAAAGGGUCAACCAGUGAGAAAAUAUAGUUAGGUUUUGCUAUCCCUAGCGAACCCCUUGCAAUGACUGACAGAUACAGUUUUUCGCUCAACUGACCGGCGAAAUUAGGGUUUAUCAGGUAUUUUUUCGCUUGCGAAAAGGCUCUAACUAGCGACAAGGUAUGAGUGGCGAAGCAGACUUACCCCACGCAUGAGACCAGACCCGAGACCCGCGGAAUUCGCCGCUAGGGUUAAAGUUAGACCCUAAGCGCUGACAUUGGCGGAAUGACUGACGGAUGAACUGAAAAAGGUGAACAAUUGCCCAUCUCUUAAAAUUUCAGUCAAGACAAAGUUCCCGUAUUAUUUAGACUUUCGAAAAAGCAGCAGUGAGAACGUUGAGGUCUAGGGAGAUAGGAAAAGAUUGAGGCCCUUCCGCCGCUCGCUCGCUUCUUCCAUGGCUCCUUUUAGCCAUUUAACAAGGCUGAAAAUUUUGCUUCGAUAGAACAAAUAUCAGAAGAUGCAGAUUCCAAUGAGCAUCAAUGUUAUCAGCUUGGAAAAGGUUUCCUUUUAGAAAUCAAAAACAAAAUACUGUAUGGAAUCAGUAAGUUGGAAAGAAGAGAGAAAUAAUUUUCUCACGCAAAUGUACGAAUGUAAUUAAAAAUAUUUCAUGAAAUGUAAUUAGGUUAAGGUCAAGUAAAUUAGGAUGAAUUAAAAUUGUGAGAAUUUCUGUAGGACUUCAUUCUUAAAUAGCAGUCCUGUAAUAUUCCUUUCUAACCUGUACUCAUACCCUCGAUCCAUUUAUGCGUGCCUUCGUUAGCCUAUCCGCUUGUCCCCCUUCAGUACUGUUGAAGACUACUAUUGCCUUUCUUAUAAUCCAACGAGCGGGAGGGAAAACAGAACGUAUAAUUAUUGUGUGAACGAAAAUUUGGCCGAGUAAAUCCUGUCCUUGUACCAGUCACUUAUAUUUAACAUCUCUCCCUUCAUUCAAUGAAAAUAAAGAAUUAGAAAACGU